GGCAACCCAGCGGCAGCGGCAGCGCCUCAUCCAGUGAGCCCAGUCAGACUAACCAACGGGCUAGCUAGCUAAUGAUUGACACACAGUAGUAAAGCUCUUCAGGACUCCUUCACAUCACUUCACAAGGAUUGUUAUGGCCAAACCAUCUGAUGACAUCACCUCUGUGCAGGGUCACACUUUCACUGGCCAUACCUUCCAACAUUAUUCAGAAAUGAAGCCAGACAGGAUCUACAUGGACUACAAUGCCACCACUCCGCUGGAACCUGAGGUGAUCCAGGCCAUUUCUGAAGCCCUCCAAGAUGCCUGGGGAAACCCUAGUAGCAAUUAUAUAGCAGGUGCUAAAGCCAAGGCAAUAAUUAAUCAGUCCAGAGAGAAUGUGGCGAGAAUGGUUGGAGGGAAAGCAGAAGACAUCAUUUUCACAUCGGGUGGAACGGAGGCCAACAACCUGGUGCUCCACACUGCUGUAGAGCACUUCAGGAGAAGCUGCAGGGCUGCAGAGCAAGGCGAAGGACACCAGAAUGGAAGCAACGGCCUCCCUCACAUUAUCACCUCAAAUGUGGAACACGACUCGGUCAAACUAGUAGCUGAGCACCUACAGAAAGAUGGCAAGGCAGAUGUGACAUAUGUGCCUGUGUCUAAGGUGACAGCCCGUGUGGAGGUGGAGGAUGUCCUUGCUGCGGUGCGUCCCAACACAUGUCUCAUCUCUAUCAUGCUGGCCAACAAUGAGACAGGAGUCAUCAUGCCAAUCCAAGAGAUCUGCCAGAGAAUAAAAUCUCUCAACAAGCAGCAUGAUGGGCUCAGGAUCCUGCUCCACACUGAUGCUGCUCAGGCUCUGGGGAAAAUCAGAGUAGAUGCCUUUGAACUGGGUGUGGAUUACCUCACCAUAGUGGGACACAAGUUCUACGCACCUCGGAUCGGUGCUUUGUACGUGAACGGCCCUGGAACGAGUACGCCGUUGUAUCCGAUGCUGUUUGGAGGAGGACAGGAGAGAAACUUCAGACCAGGCACAGAAAACACACCAAUGAUUGCUGGUCUGGGAAAGGCUGCAGAGCUGGUGACUUCUAAUCUGUCAGAUUAUGAGAGUCACAUGCGGAGUACCAAACUACACUUGGAAGAACGACUGAAGGCCGUUUUUAAAGACAGGAUCCACUUCAACAGCCAUUACCCUGGCUCUGAUAUCCUCCCUAACACAUGUAACGUGUCCAUCCUGGGCCCAACAUUACAAGGCUGGAGGGUAUUGUCCAACUGCAGGACACUGUUGGCCAGCGUUGGCGCCGCCUGCCACUCAGACUGUGGAAACAGGCCUUCCCAUAUCCUUCUGAGCUGUGGCGUCCCCUCAGAGGUGGCAGCUAACGCCUUGAGGUUGAGCGUGGGCAGGGGGACGACCAAAGCAGAUGUGGACGCAGUUGUGGAGGACCUGAGGCAGACUGUGCAGCUGCUGGAAGAAAUGGACUGAUGGCCUUCAUGUGCAUAAACAGUUUAUCCUUUAGGUCAAAUAGGGUCGGAUGUAUAGAAUGAAAUAAUCUGUGUUUAUUGUUACAUUAACUGAUCAUUUAAAAUGGAUGGAAUAUUUCAUAUAAAUAAUAAACGGGAAGAACUUGGAGUGACCUGA